GGAGUCAGUAUUCAUAUUAGCAUCUGACUCGGCCUAGUAGACUAAUAUCAAGAAGUACAAGCGACUCGUACAAGAUGCUGAAGUACAUCUGCGUGCUGCUAAUAUCUCUAAGUGCAGUCUGUUACUGCCAAGACUCCGUCACUGACGGUACCGAGCUCCUGCUCACAUUCUUGAUCCAUCGCCAUGGAGACAGAACACCAUUGACAUCAAGUUUGACCUACAGCAACAACCAGGAAGCUCUGAUCGAAGCAUCUGCUCAAUACGGAUAUGGACAACUUACUGAUGCCGGUAGACGUCGUGCCUACCAGCUAGGCCAGCACAUUCGUCGUCGGUACGAUGGUCUCCUGUCCCCCGCCUACAACAGGUCAGAGAUCUACAUCCGCUCCACCGACUCCACCAGGGCCAAGAUGACCGUCCUCUCCGCCAUGGCUGCCGUCUACCCCGCGCUUGAGGACAACUGGAGCGCUGACGUCAACUGGACCCCUGUGCCCUACACCACCGUGCCUGCUAAAUAUGACUUCAACUUGGCGACCACCAACUGCCCAUACCUCCUCUCAGGCGCGACUUUCGACACCACUGCGGCUUUACCCGACUUGUCGGAAUACACUGACGCCUUGGACCAGUGGUCCGAAUACCUGGGCUUUAACAUCACUGCCAACCUUAUGUAUGCCUACGCCAUCAAUGACCUUUACACUGCUCAGUUGAGCCUUGGAAUCCCUCUGGACCCUGCAAUUGAAGACAUUUACCCUCAAAUUGAAAAAAUCGCUGGAAUAUCUUUGGACUGGCUCUUUGGCAACGGCGAUACCGUCACUCUCCAAGCUGGAGUACUCCUGAACCAGUUCUUCACCGUAGCCGACCAGCUCAUUGCUGGAGAAGAUGUCCAAAGAGUCCAGAUUUGGUCUGCCCACGACUUGAACGUUUUCGCCUUUGAAGGAGUGACUCAGGUCGCUGAGAAGCAGGGAGUUCCUAAGUACGCUUCUGCGUAUGCCUUGGAAUUGAGGCAGGUCACUGAAACUGGAGAGUAUGUUGUUGUGCCAGUAUACCUGAACACUCCCAGCGAAGACAUUGUCACAUACCUGGAGAUCACUGGAUGCGGUUCUCUCUGUGAAUACGAGAGCUUCCGCUCCAUCACCGCUGACCAUACCCUGGAUGAAGACACCUGGAGGACCAAGUGUGGCUUCACUGAGGACAUGGAGAUCGAUACCUCUUCCAUCGAUUAAAUUACGAUAAUUUAUGAUGCCAGAUACCUGAUAAUGAUACUCUAUUAAAUGAUAAGCAUUAUUAUUUUUAUAAAAAA